AUGGAUAAAGACUUUGCUGACUGCUCAAUCCCUCAAGAGAAGUCAAAUGCAGAAAUUAAUGCAGAGUUAGAAAUAUCAAAUGCCUCUUGCGGGGAAGACAUGUGUGAUGCCCUCUUGAAUUCUAACAGAUUGGGACAAUUGCAAUCAACAGUUGUUCAACAGUCCUCUUGGAUGCUGAUUAAGUCAAAUUUAUUUCUACAUCGGAACCGCAAAACUCAAAACAUUGACGAGAUAAUGGUUUGCCACUGCAAACCACCUUCCGAUGGUCAAAUGGGUUGUGGAGAUGGAUGCCUGAAUCGGAUGCUUAACAUUGAGUGUCUUCAACGGACCUGCCCAUGUGGGAAACUAUGCUCAAAUCAACAGUUCCAGAAACGGAAGCAUGCUAAAUUGAAGUGGUUCAAAUGUGGAAAGAAGGGCUAUGGGCUGCAGUUGCUAGAAGAUAUAUCUGAAGGAAAAUUUCUGAUUGAAUAUGUUGGAGAGGUGCUUGAUAUGCAUGCUUACGAGACACGGCAAAGAGAGUAUGCUUUGAAGGGUCAUAAGCAUUUUUACUUCAUGACAUUGAAUGGCAGUGAGUUCAAUGAAUUCCUCAUUUCAAGGUUCUUCUGUGACUUGAAAUUAUGGAAUUUGUUGCAACUGAGUGAACAUAAUGCCCAUAGAGGGAUGAUUGCUGGUUCUGGGGAGGUUUAA